AUGCCUCCUCGCCGGCCGCCCGAGCUCUACCGGGCUCCGUUCCCGCUCUAUGCCCUCCGCAUACACCGUGAAGCUGGACUGGCGCUGAUCGCGGGGGGAGGCGGCGCCGCCAAAACGGGGAUCACGAAUGGCUUGCAUUUCUUGCAGCUGGACUGGAGAGAUGGCAAGUUAUCUGCCUCACUGCUACAUGCUCAUGACACAGAGACCCGGGCUACCAUGACUAUGGCGCUGGCAGGAAAUUUUAUUGCUGCAGGGCAGGAUGCUACUUGCCAUAUCCUGAGUUUCCAGCUCUUUAAAUCUGGGCAGAAAACAGGUGGCAGCAGUGGCGAUAGUGCUAAAGCAGGUGCUGGUGAUAAGGAUCUACGGAGACGCAAGGCCCCUGUCCCUAGUGAGAAAAGCAAUGGCAAUACACACAAGGAGAUGACAGAGGUGGCAGUGGAAACUUUGCACUGUGUCCAAACAGACACCAGCCCAGAUACUCUACAGAAGGCUGUGUGCUUCAGUGAUGAUCAUACCCUUAUGGCUACUGGUGGCGUGGAUGGAUUCCUGCGAGUCUGGGAGUUUCCUAGCAUGAAGAAAACUCUUGAAUUCCAGGCACACAAUGGUGAGAUAGAGGAUAUAGCAUUGGGUCCUAAUAACAAGGUGGUGACCGUGGGACGGGACUUCCAGUGUUGUGUGUGGCAACGAGAUCAGAUGGUGAUGGGUCUGCGUUGGAAUGAAAAUCUUCCAGGCAUUCCAGACAAGACCUACCGCUACCAGUCUUGCAAGUUUGGUACAGUUGAAGACCAAGCCAAGGCAUUGCGACUGUACACGGUGCAGAUCCCCUACAAGCGUGAACGACGUCCGCUUCCCUGCUACAUCACCAAAUGGGAUGGACAUAGUUUUUUGCCCCUGCUCACUCGUCCCUGUGGCAAUGAGGUCAUCUCAUGCCUCUCUGUAAGUGAGACAGGCACAUUCCUGGGUUUGGGCACUGUCACAGGCUCGGUUGCCAUCUUCGUCGCCUUUUCUUUGCAGAGACUGUACUACGUGCGGGAAGCACAUGGCAUAGUGGUCACUGCUGUGGCCUUCCUACCUGAGACUCCUGAACUGCUGAAGAGCAAUGAGGCAGCCCUGCUAAGUGUGGCUGUUGACAGCCGCUGCCGCCUGCACCAGAUUGCCUGCCGGCGGAGUUUCCCCAUCUGGCUGCUGCUGCUCUUCUGUGCUGGGCUGAUUGUGGGCACGGUCCUGUUACUACAGUUGGCCUUCCCAGGGUUCCUCUAAUCUUUCUUCAUGGUGAGGUUCCUGGAAAGCUUGGACCUUCUCUGCCCUUCCUGUAAAGGAUGCAUCUUCUCCUUUCUUACCUCAGAAACUGGAGAGGGGAUCCAGAAGCCAGGGCAAUGGUUGCCCUAGUGAAGUGCGUGGUCUGGUGGACUUGGCCAAGUUGGAGGCUGGGCCUCACAUUGAUCAGGUUUUGGCCUUGAGCAAUUCUUGUCUUAAGCCCUUCACGCUGAAUGGGGAUGAAGGAACUCUACGCCUCCAUUUUUGACUGAUCUGUGAGAAACAUUCCAGCAUUAUUUGCUCUGAGAAAGAUUUCCCGUUUAAGCUCAGGGCUUAAACCUUGUAUUAUUAAACACAAUGAUGGAGCAGAA